UCCCCGCAGCCGCCGCCGCAGCCGCCGCCUGGGCCGCCCCGUGUCCCCGGUGGAUCCUCCGCCGCCGCCGCCGGGAGCUCGAUGCGGACGGAGCCCGGGCCGGGCCAUGGGGAUCCUCAGCAUCACGGACCAGCCGCCCCUGGUCCAGGCCAUCUUUAGCCGAGAUGUGGAGGAAGUGCGUUCCCUCCUCUCGCAGAAGGAGAACAUCAAUGUGCUGGACCAAGAGAGGCGAACCCCACUGCAUGCUGCUGCCUACGUAGGCGAUGUCCCCAUCCUCCAGUUGCUACUGAUGUCAGGUGCUAAUGUCAACGCUAAGGACACACUGUGGCUGACCCCUCUUCAUCGUGCUGCUGCCUCCCGAAAUGAGAAGGUGCUGGGGCUGCUGCUGGCACAUUCAGCAGAUGUGAAUGCCCGGGACAAGCUGUGGCAGACACCAUUGCAUGUGGCUGCCGCCAACCGGGCCACCAAGUGUGCUGAGGCUCUGGCACCCUUGUUGAGCAGCCUCAACGUGGCUGACAGGAGCGGGCGCAGUGCCCUGCAUCAUGCAGUGCAUAGUGGGCAUCUAGAGACGGUGAGCCUGCUCCUCAAUAAGGGAGCGAGCCUGAACGUCUGUGACAAAAAGGAGCGGCAGCCUCUGCACUGGGCAGCUUUCCUAGGGCAUCUGGAUGUCCUGAAACUGCUGGUGGCACGGGGAGCAGACCUUGGCUGCAAGGACCGCAAGGGCUAUGGGCUGCUCCAUACAGCUGCUGCCAGUGGCCAGAUUGAAGUGGUGAAGUACCUGCUCCGGACAGGGGCUGAGAUCGAUGAGCCCAAUGCUUUUGGGAACACAGCUUUGCACAUUGCCUGCUACCUGGGCCAGGAUGCUGUGGCUAUUGAGCUGGUGAACGCAGGAGCCAAUGUCAACCAGCCGAAUGACAAGGGCUUCACACCACUGCACGUGGCUGCAGUCUCCACCAAUGGCGCUCUCUGCUUGGAGCUGCUGGUCAAUAACGGGGCUGAUGUCAACUACCAGAGCAAAGAAGGCAAAAGUCCUCUGCACAUGGCUGCCAUCCACGGCCGUUUCACCCGCUCCCAGAUCCUCAUCCAGAAUGGCAGCGAGAUUGAUUGUGCUGACAGAUUUGGGAACACGCCACUGCACGUGGCCGCUCGCUACGGACACGAGCUGCUCAUCAGCACCCUCAUGACCAAUGGCGCGGACACCGCCCGGCGCGGCAUCCAUGACAUGUUCCCCCUGCACUUAGCUGUCCUUUUUGGAUUCUCUGACUGUUGUCGUAAGCUGCUUUCCUCAGGUCAGCUGUACAGCAUUGUAUCUUCACUCAGCAAUGAGCACGUGCUUUCAGCUGGGUUUGACAUCAAUACGCCUGACAACCUUGGCCGCACCUGUCUUCAUGCUGCUGCUUCUGGAGGGAAUGUGGAAUGUCUUAAUUUGCUGUUGAGCAGUGGAGCUGACUUGAGGAGGAGAGACAAAUUUGGAAGGACGCCGCUGCACUAUGCAGCCGCCAACGGCAGCUACCAGUGCGCCGUCACCCUGGUGACCGCUGGGGCCGGCGUCAACGAGGCCGACUGCAAAGGCUGCUCCCCGCUCCACUACGCCGCCGCCUCUGACACCUACAGGAGAGCAGAACCCCACUCAUCCUCCAGCCACGAUGCUGACGAGGACGAGCCCCUGAAGGAGUCCCGCAGGAAGGAGGCCUUCUUAACUGUGCCCUCCUGGACUGGGCCUGUCCCCACCUCACAGUCUACUCCUGCCCCCAGCUGUCUGGAGUUCUUACUGGAUAACGGUGCAGACCCCUCCCUGCGGGACAGGCAGGGCUACACAGCUGUGCACUAUGCAGCCGCCUAUGGCAACAGACAGAACCUCGAACUGCUCUUAGAAAUGUCCUUUAACUGCCUGGAGGAUGUGGAGAGCACCAUUCCAGUCAGCCCUUUGCACUUAGCUGCCUACAAUGGUCACUGUGAAGCCCUGAAGACACUGGCCGAGACGCUGGUGAAUCUGGAUGUAAGGGACCACAAGGGCCGGACCGCGCUCUUCCUGGCUACUGAGCGAGGCUCUACUGAGUGUGUGGAGGUGCUUACAGCCCACGGCGCCUCUGCCCUCAUCAAGGAGCGCAAGCGCAAGUGGACACCCCUGCACGCUGCUGCUGCCUCUGGUCACACUGACUCCCUGCACUUGCUGAUCGACAGUGGGGAACGAGCUGACAUCACAGAUGUCAUGGAUGCCUAUGGACAAACCCCACUGAUGCUGGCCAUCAUGAAUGGCCAUGUGGACUGUGUACAUCUGCUGCUAGAGAAAGGAUCCACAGCUGAUGCUGCUGACCUCCGGGGCUGCACCGCCCUCCACCGUGGGGCAGUGACCGGCUGUGAGGACUGCCUGGCUGCCCUGCUGGACCACGACGCAUUUGUGCUGUGCCGAGACUUCAAGGGCCGCACCCCCAUUCACCUGGCCUCUGCCUGUGGCCACACUGCAGUCCUGCGGACCCUGUUGCAGGCUGCCCUUUCCACAGACCCCCUGGAUGCCGGAGUGGAUUACAGCGGAUACUCGCCCAUGCACUGGGCCUCCUACACUGGACAUGAAGAUUGUCUGGAGUUGUUACUUGAACACAGCCCGUUUUCAUACCUGGAAGGGAACCCCUUCACUCCUUUGCACUGUGCAGUAAUUAAUAACCAGGACAGCACCACAGAGAUGCUGCUGGGAGCUCUGGGUGCCAAGAUUGUGAACAGCCGAGAUGCCAAAGGACGGACCCCUCUUCACGCCGCUGCCUUCGCGGACAAUGUCUCUGGGCUCCGGAUGCUGCUGCAGCACGAGGCUGAGGUGGACGCCACUGACCACACCGGCCGCACCGCGCUCAUGACGGCGGCUGAGAACGGGCAGACUGCUGCUGUGGAAUUUCUGCUGUAUCGAGGGAAGGCAGACCUGACUGUGCUGGACGAGAACAAGAACACUGCCCUCCACUUGGCUUGUAGCAAGGGCCAUGAGAAGUGUGCCCUCAUGAUCCUGGCAGAAACCCAAGACCUUGGCCUUAUCAAUGCUACCAACAGUGCGCUGCAGAUGCCACUCCACAUCGCCGCCCGGAAUGGUCUAGCUUCUGUGGUGCAGGCCCUGCUGAGCCGUGGGGCCACAGUGCUGGCUGUGGAUGAAGAAGGUCACACCCCAGCACUGGCUUGUGCCCCCAACAAAGAUGUGGCAGACUGCCUGGCCUUGAUCCUUUCCACCAUGAAGCCUUUCCCACCCAAGGACGCCGUCAGUCCUUUCAGCUUCAGCCUGCUCAAGAACUGCAGCAUUGCAGCAGUCAAGACGGUGGGUGGCUGCGGGGCCCUGCCCCACGGGGCCUCCUGCCCCUACAGCCAGGAGCGGCACGGCGCCAUUGGGUUAGAUGGCUGCUACUCUGAGUAGCCCCUUUCCAGUGUCCCUCUCCCUGCCGGUGGCUUGAUAUCUUAUUCUAUUUAUUUAGAAAAAGUCUAUACAUUUAGGGCACUUUAAAGGAGAACACGACUGGGGUGGGGGUUGGAGGGGGGAGAAAAGCACUGGGGAGCAGCUGCUCACCCCUUUGCCAUACCAUCCUGGCCUGGCAGGGGUCUGGGACUGACAGGGAGCACCCCAGGCCCUUGGUACCCCCAGGGCAGCCCCUUCUGCCAAGUGUCCCAAAAUGAUUGCUAAAUGCCUGGCUCCCCCUCUCUUUUACCCCAUCUCUCAGUUCCCUCUUUCUGCUGCCAGCGACCCCAACUCUUCCCUCCGACUGUCCUCUCUGUGUCCCCCUGCCCCUCCUGCCAGGCAGAUCCCUUCCUCCUCUUCCAUACCCAUCACUGCCUCCCUGCUCGGCCGGCUCCUCCAUCCCCGCAGCAGUGAGAAGCCUUAAUUUCUGGUACUGUGUGAGCACUCUGGGGGCAACCCCCUCCCCCUUCAGGGGCAGCUAGUGGACAAGGGGGGAGGGUAUUUAGCACUGGGGCCUGGAGCUUUUCCCCCAUUUCUGUAUCCCAUCCCCCUAAAGUUCAAAUGCAAAACACUUGAAGCAGCAACUACUGUACCUGGGCCCCAAUCCUGCACUCUCCCCUGGCGCCUCAUAUGCAAAUCAAGGGCUGGUUCUGCCCCCACAGCCUACU